AUGGCCGACGCUUCAUCAUCGACAUGGCCGAGCGGAAGCGGCUCAGCAGCAGCAGCAGCAGCGGGCAAUGGCAGUAGCAAUUGGGGGCGUGGCAAUGCCAACUCAGCCUCUUCCAGCAAUACCAACACCAACACCAACACCAACACCAUCGCCACCAAGAAAGGCGGUUCAUCACGAUCGAAAGGCGCUGCCGCAAUCGCCACAGCAGCUUCCUCUGCAUCGACGACGACCUCCUCCUCCUCCUCCUCCAACUUCAAGUCCAAACCUACCAAGUUCCUCCCCACGCAACCAUUGCCAUAUCACUCCCUCCAGAACGUCAAAGACUACUACCAUGGUCUUCUCAAUAGCGCUCUCAUCAAGAAGGCGUGGCUCGACAAUCCUAAAAGUCCCAUCCAGAACUAUGUCCUCCAUAGAACCGGCUCCUACCCUGUCUACACUGUCGAGGAGGGUCAAGUCGAGGGCAGAAGGGAUAUCAACUUUCGAUGCACACUUCAUUUCGAUCCCGAGUACGACUGGCACGUCUAUGGUGAUGCCAAAACCCAAAAGGACGCAGAAAAGCUAGCGGCACUCCAUGCUGUGCUUUUCCUUCAAAACAGCGGUGACAUGCUCACAAAGACACCCAUCGCUUCUCCACCUGCAUCUCUUGUUUCUCAGCAGCAAGCUCCCCUUGCAAAACUCAGCGAUGGUUCUGAGCUUACCCUUCAGCGUGCUCGCGAGUUUAUCGACUUCUACUGCAAACGUUUCAACCUCGGCAAACCAGACAUUCGUCAAUCCGCUGCCAAGCAAGGCAAACCCAAACGUGGUGCCGCCAAAGCUUCCAGCUCGGUCGACCAACCACACGCUUCUAUGUACAUCGCAGGCAAACAGCUCGGCGCUGCUGUUGGCAAGAACAAGAAGCAGGCCCUUGCUAAUUGCUACCUCGAGUCCGUCGCCUACAUUGAGUCUAGCGAUCCUUCCCUCUGGAAGACUUUCUCGCUCCUUCACAAGCCAGGCAUGUCCAUCAUCAAGGCUCCUCAUGUCACUUUCACCAUGAGUGAAGAGCUCCAUGAUUCCGUCACCAAUAUCUACGACACAAUGAUUCGUAGCAAGAUCUACGCCAAACGGCCACACACUUCUGCUAUCGUCGUCGCCGGUGAAGAUCCCAAUGCUGCUUCCAAGCACGCCGAUGAACUGCUCGCAAAACAGCGUCAGGCGCGUCAACAGCGCGCACAAAAAUACAACCAGCAGUUUGGUGCCACCCAAGAUUCGCUUCAACGCAAGAGCCAACAGCUCGAACGUGCCCUCGCCAACUACUACUCGGAUGACGCUAUGGCCAAGAUGCGUAAUCAGCGUCUCAGCUUGCCCGUUUCCCAAAAGCAAUCCGACGUCCUCGUCAAGGUCGAGCUCAAUCAAGUCACUAUCUGCAUGGCUGCCACUGGUUCAGGUAAAACUACGCAGAUCCCGCAGAUCUUAUUCGACGACUACAUUCUCCAAGGCAAAGGUGCCAAGUGCAACAUCAUCUGCACUCAGCCUCGUCGUAUUGCUGCCAUCAGUGUCGCAGAGCGAGUCGCAAAGGAACGAGGCGAGAAUCUUGGUCAGACUGUCGGUUAUCAAGUUCGAUUCGAAGCAAAGCCGCCCCAGCCCAACGGUUCCAUCACUUUCUGCACCACAGGUGUCUUUUUGCGUCGUCUCCAGUCGGCGUUGGGAGAUGCAGAUGCUUCCAACACUUUCCUCGACUCCAUCACACAUGUAGUUAUCGACGAGGUGCACGAACGAGACGUCGAGACCGAUCUCUUAUUGGUCGUCAUCAAGAGGCUCUUGGCUGAACGUCGCAGGUUGGGCAAGAAGGAGAUCAAGGUGGUACUCAUGAGUGCAACUAUCAACCCGAUCCUCUUUCAACAGUACUUUGCCGAUCCCUCGGGUAAUCCGGCUCCUGUUGUCGAGAUUCCGGGUCGCAGCUAUCCUGUUGAGAAGCAUUACUUGGAAGAAACGGUGCGCAAUUUGGAGGCCUUGAGGUUGACGCCACAGAUGGGAGGAUGGGUUUGGGCUGAAAAGAACGUGAGGGACUACAUCGAGCGCGAGAUCUACCAAAGAGGUGGUAGUGCCAGUCGCAAUGGUGGCAACUCGAGGGGUGGUGGAGAAUACGCUAACGCCAUCGCAGCCGGCGGUGCCAACGAAUCUGUCGACCCCAUGUCUGAUCAAGUGGACGACCUGGAGAUCCCAUACCCUUUGGUUGCACUCAUCAUCGCUUACGUGCUGUCCAUCUCGGACGACGGCCACCUCCUCGUUUUCUUGCCAGGUUGGGACGAGAUCAAGGCUGUCAACACUUUAUUGGCAGACACGCAAUACCACCCACUCCUUCGCACCGACUUCAAUGAUCGCGAUCAGUACGAGAUCCACAUCCUCCACUCUACCAUUCCUGUUCAAGAUCAGCAAGCCGUCUUCGAGCCGGUUCGACACAAGGCGAUUCGACGUAUCAUUCUUGCCACCAACAUUGCCGAGACGUCCAUCACGAUCCCGGAUGUCGUGUACGUGGUGGAUACAGGUCGUGUCAAGGAGAAACGAUUCGAUCCCGAACGUCAUCUUUCCAGUCUAGUCUCGGCUUGGGUUGGAACGUCGAACCUCAACCAGCGUGCCGGUCGUGCAGGACGUCAUCGUCCAGGUGAAUACUUUGGUGUUCUCAGCAAAGCACGAUACGACAGGCUCAAAGUCAAUCAGACGGUGGAGAUGAAAAGAACCGAUCUCAGCAACGUUGUGACGCAUAUCAAAGCGCUCGACAUUCCAGGAAUGGAGGUGGAGGAGGUGUUGGCCUCUGCGAUUGAACCUCCUGCGCCCGAGAGGGUUUUGGCGGCGAUGGAGAAGCUCAAGAUGGUGGGUGCGUUGGAUAUUAACAAAAACUUGACCUCCUUGGGUCGAGUCUUGUUGCAGUUGCCCGUGGAUGCGCCGAUGGGGAAAAUGUGUCUCUAUGGUGCCUUCUUCAGGUGUUUAGAUCCCGUGCUUUCACUUGCGGCCAUUUUGACCAGUAGGGAUCCGUUCAUGGCACCCAUGCAUUUGAGGGAAGAAGCGGAGAUGGUCAAGGAUAGAUGGUGUCCUCCCGAUUUCAGGUCGGAUGCGCUUUGCAUUUUGAGGGCCUACACGAGGUGGUGGGAGAUGGAAUCGCGAGGUGACUUGGUUACCGCGAAUAGGUUCUGUCAAGAUAACUUCCUGAGCAGGUUAACCUUGUUGCAGAUUCAGCAGGUGAAAAAACAUCUUUUCCAAUCCAUGGAGAAGGCCGAUAUCAUUUCGGUGAUUCAAUCUUCGUCCCUUGCGACUAGUGCUAAUGGUGGAGGCAACACUUACUCUCGAUACAGAAGACCACGCGAAACGGAUGCCGAGUUCAACCUAAACUCCGAUAGCACUUCCCUCCUUGCAGCCCUGAUUGCUGUUUCUUCCCCCCCCAACUUUGCGAUUCGGAGCGGUCUAGCGAACUACCGUACUUCGCAGAACAAGUCUUGCCUGAUGCACUCCUCUUCGAUCUGUCAUACCAAGUUUACCAAGCACAAACCUUGGGAUCCCGCCAAUAUGGGGGAGAAGGAGAUCUUUGCAUUCAGUGAAAAAAUCCGCAAUGCUUCGGGAAGUGCGGGUAACAAUGCAUCGACAAUGUUGAGGGGAUGUACGAGGUUGGAUCCGUUGACAUUCAUGUUGUUUGGUGCUACAGAGGUGAGGGUUUUGGGAGAAGGGGUGGAGUGUGAUUAUUGGUUACCCAUUACCGGAGAUAUGGAGAGUUUGGACAAUUUGGAAAAGUUGAGGAGUAUGAUGGAUGUGGUGCUGUUGAGGGUCUUUGAGGGCAUUGGCAAGCGGCGUCUCACUCAAGAAGGGCAGAGAGGCGGUGGUGGUGCUGCGGGGGAUGUGGAUGAGUAUGAAGGUGGAGAGGAUAAGGAUGAGGACGAGUGGGGAGAUAGGACGGACUUGUCCUUAUCAGCGCAAGAAAUUGGCGAGUUUGAGUAUAUGUCGCAAGGAAUUGUGCAUAUUUUGGAUGGCUAUGCGCACGAGAGGGGUUGGGGAAGUAGUAGUAGAGGAUCGACGAGACCAGCUAGUCCUGCUUCGUUUAUGGGCGGGUUGAGUUUGCAGGAUCCGCCUAGUAGGGGGACUCAAACGCCUAGUGCGGUUUCGGUGUAUGGUGCAGGUGGUGUAGGAAGUAGGGUUGGGUCGAGUUCGAAUCUGUUUGCAGGGGGUAGCGCUCCGGGUAGUAGUCAUGGAGGUAGUAGGUGGACUAGUCGAUCGCAGACUCCGGACGUCGGUCAACAGCAGGGUAAGCAGCAGCAGCAACAACAACGACCUGCAGCGCCGGCUAGUGUUGUGGCUAGUACCACGACUAAUGCCACUACGGCGACGAACAAUACACGCAGUACGACGGCGACGAGUAGCGCAACUACUUCUGCUGCUGCAAGUGCCGGUGACGGUGCGGGUGGGGAGCAAGCACCUGCAGCAAAACCCAAAGCGCAGAGCAAUUGGCGAGCUCGCAACACCAGUGACACCGAGGGUAGCCAAAGCAACAAUAACAGCGCUGGUGGACGUGGCCGUGGUCGCGGUCGUCGUGGCGGCAGAGGUGGACGUGGGCGUGGUGGUGCUGCGGGCCCUAAUGCUGCAAAUUCUUCUUGUGCUCCUUCUACCUAA